AUGAGCUGGCUCCUCUUCUUUCUACUUGUGUUCCCGAAUUUUAUAUUCGCCACAGAAUGGGAUGCAUACAACUUCCCCAACCCAACCGCCGGACAGUUUCAAGAAUGCAAAAUGCGAACAACUGCGAAUAUCUGUGAUCCAGAUGGAGUGCUUACCGAGCAGUCCAGAUACCGACUCGACCACGAUUUGAAACAACUGGAGAGCAGAACCCGACAAGACAACGCUAGAACAUUUUGUGAUAAAAAAGGAGUUACUGCUGCAAUGGCAGUAGCGAAACACGUGAAAGGAGGAACGACUGAAGCUGUAGAGAACAUGGCUAACGAUAUGCUCCGCAAAUGGACAUUAGAUCCUCAAUGCAAAAAAGCCGUCGUCAUAGUCGUGUCGACAGAUGAUAUGAAGUUUUGGGUGGCUCGUGAUGACAAAGUUCCAGUGUACGCUGAUGAAUUCACUCAAAUCUUCAUGCAGCAAAAAUCUCUAUUCCAACAAAAGAACUACCAACAGGCACUCACUAACAUUCUUCAAGCCACAUGGGAUAAGGCUCUUUCUAAACAAGGAUCCCCGCGUCAGCCAACGAAUCGUGGGAAUCAAGGACCAGGAAACCAGGGGCCUGGAAGCGGAGGAAAGCCAAGCGGUGGAUUCAAAAUGCCGUCGAUUCCUGGAUGGUUCUGGCUUCUUCUCAUCGGUGUUAUCAUUCCAACGUUGUGCUGUUGUUGCUGCAUUUAUUGUUGCUGUUGUCGUGGAAGAGGAGGAGGCGGUGGAGGUGGAAAUCAGAGCAGACAACAAGUUCCGACCGAUCCGUAUGGUGGAGGCGGCGGUGGUUAUCCACAACCUCCUCCUCAGCCACAAGGUGGUGGUGGUGGUGGUGGGGCUGGAGGAAUGUUCAGAAAUAUUUUGUCAUCUGGAGGAGGAGCUGCAGCCGGAUCAAUGCUCGGACGUUUCCUUUCUAACCGUGGAGGCGGCGGAGGAGGUGGCGGAAUGGGAAGCGGAAAUCGUGGAUACGGAUACCAAGGCAGUGGUGGAAACCAGGGAAACAAUCAAGAUCAACCAGUCUAUGACGACAACAACGGACAAGGUGGAGGUGGAUUGUAUCCAUCCCAAGAGGUUAAAGAUCGCGGUGGCGGUGGAAGCUGGGCUUGA